AUGUCGGUUUAUUCAUUGAAUUCAUUGAAUUCCCUGGAUUCUCUGGAUUCUUUUUCGCCAUCAGCCUCCAGGGGCACAAGUAGACAUCCAACGGCAAGGCCGACCACGAUAGCCACCAGUGUCGCAGCACAAGACAUCAUCUGCGCUGUCGGUGAAUCGCGGGGUGUCUCAUCCACUGUUGGCCUUGCAUUUGUCAAUCUUGCGACAGCUGAAGCAGUGCUCUGUCAGAUAUGUGACAGCCAGACUUACGUCAAGACAAUCAUUAAAAUUGGUGUUUUUGAACCUAGCGAGAUUCUGUUCAUGAACACCGCCAAAGAGUCGAAGCUCCGUUAUAUCAUCCAAGAGAAUCUGCCAGAUCCUAUCCUCACCUUUCUGGACCGCAGAUGGUGGUCUGAAAAGACAGGUCAUGAUUAUGUAGAGCGGCUGGCAUUCCCAGAGGAAGUCGACUCGCUCAAGUUGACUCUGGGCGGGAACUAUUUCGCAGCGUGUUGCUUUGCCGCAGUCCUCAAGUAUGUUGAGGUCGAACUUCAGCGAUCUUUUAUCACGCAUUCUCUUCGCAUACGCUUCGAACCGUCACAGGGGUCCAUGACAAUUGACCUGGCGACUAUUGUCUCCCUCGAACUUAUCCAAAACCUGCAAAAUGCGAAGUCUAAAGAAAGUCUGUUUGGGCUAUUGAAUGAGACAUUGACGCCUAUGGGAGCCAGACUACUCCGCGCUAGCAUCUUACAGCCUUCAACAGAACGAGUCAAGUUGACAGCCAGAUACAAUGCUGUGGAAGAUCUGACCACCAAAGAGCAUAUGUUUGUGUCUGUAAGACAGGCGCUCAAGGGCUUCAUUGAUGCAGAUAAAGUCUUGACCGCGAUUAUCUUGGUUCCUACCAAGCGGACAAUACAAUACGUCGAACAGUCUGUCAACAAUGUCAUCAUGCUCAAGACUUAUGUGUCUGCCAUCAAAAAAAUCUUCCAGGCGCUUGGAGCAGCACAAAGCGAUUUGCUGCGUACCAUACGCGAAUUGUGUGCUCCUGAGGGGCAUCGUUCAAUUGGAGAGCUGAUUGACAGAACUCUGAAUGAACAUGUAGCCUAUCAGUCAAAGCCACUUGAUCUGAGGAACCAGCGCAUUUAUUGCGUCAAGGCCGGUGUCAACAGUCUGCUCGAUGUUGCGAGGCAGACCUAUAAGGAGGCGAAUGCAGACGCCACAGAGCUGAUUGAGAAAUUAGCAGGCACGUCGGAACCUAUAUGA